AUAAGGUUACCUCCACGGCGUCGCCGUGACGCUAGGUUUGCGCCGAAACCUCCGCGGCUCAUCGCGCAAAGCAGCAACUUCCGGCGGCAGCGACCCAUCCCGCCGCGCCAUUUCGCGGUUGAGCGCCACGGUCUCCGCCGCGAGCGCCUCCAGCUCGGCUUCAAUUUUCGCCGACUCCGCGGCCUCGGCGCGUUGCCUGGCUUCGAGCCGUGCGGCCAAUGCCCUCCGCUCGGCCUUGAGCGCCUCGUAUUCGUCCAUGAGUCGCGCGACCGCGGCGUCGUCGUCAGCCGGAUGCGCCGGUGGCGCGGCAGGUGGCGUAGCCUCACGGACCCUAGUCGGCGGCGACGCGCCGUCCGCGCCGUCCGCGCCGCCCCCGAGCACCUCGUUCCACGCGGUAGAGUGCGGCGUCGUGGGCUGCUCUUCACGCGGCCCCGGAGGCGGCGGUGGUGGCACUUGUCGAUCGCUAUCGGUGCUGUCGCCGUCGCUGGCAUCCGCUGCCGUCGGCUCCAUCCUCGGUUCUCGGGGCAGGGCCUGCCCUUCACAAGCUUAUAUGGUGUCGAGAGCCUCGGGGCAGCCUGAUUUCACUUCGAACAGCUCCCAGUGGUACCUUAGGUCAGCGAUUGCAGUGAUAACCUGCUUUUACAGCUGGACUGCGCUGCA